CUUUUUAUAUGGUAAAAAAUUACCGAUAUUUGGUAGCAGUACAUAUUUUUUCUAUAUUUUUAAAUAAUAAAAAGGGAAAAAAAGAAAUAAGGAAAGUUUGCAUGUUGAUUGUUUGUUGUGUAUAUAAGGUGGAUAUAUUAACAUAUACAUGAGGUAGAGAGGUGUGGUGAGGGUGUGAUUCAACUAGCAAGGCUGGCAAAAGGGAGAAUGGCUAUCUUCUUCAAGCCUCUUCUCCUUCUACUUUCUUUAACAGAUUUAUUUGCCAGCACCCUCAGCCUUGGAAUUGGAAUUAACUAUGGCCAAAUUGCCAAUAAUCUGCCUACGCCCUCGCGGGUCUCGUAUCUCCUUAGAUCUCUCAAUGUCACAAGAGUGAAACUCUAUGACGCCGAUCCAAACGUGUUGAGCGCGUUUGCGAACACAGAUGUUGAAUUCGUUAUUGGACUUGGGAAUGAGUACCUGCAGAGAAUGUCUGAUCCACAACAAGCUCAGGCUUGGAUUGAACAACAUGUUCAACCUUACCAUACUCGGACUAAAAUCACUUGUAUUACUGUUGGUAACGAGGUCUUGACGGGGACUGAUAUGCAGCUAAAGUCUUACCUCCUCCCGGCAAUGCAGGGUGUAAACAAGGCUCUUGUUAAUCUUGGCCUUGACAAGGAAAUAUUUGUCGCACAUCCCCACUCGGCUGGGAUCUUGGGAAGUUCUUUCCCCCCUUCCUCUGGUUCAUUUCGACAAGAUCUUAGUGAAUACAUUCAUGGCCAUCUCAAUUUCCAUGCCCAAACCAAGUCACCGUUCCUUAUAAAUGUCUAUCCAUUCUUUGCAUACAAGGACAGCCCCAAUGAAGUUCCGCUUGAUUAUGUACUUUUCCGGCCUAACCAAGGUACGUUAGACCCGGCCACGAAUUUGAAGUAUGACAACAUGUUGUAUGCACAAAUUGAUGCAGUUCAUGCAGCAAUUAAGGCAAUGGGCCACACAGACAUUCCAGUUAAGGUUUCCGAAACAGGCUGGCCAUCGAAAGGAGACCCGAAUGAGUUUGGAGCAACACCAGAAAACGCUGCACUAUAUAAUGGUAAUUUGUUUCAACGUAUACAGCAAAAUCAAGGGACUCCAGCGAAGCCAUCAGAGCCGGUCGAUGUUUACGUGUUUGCACUUUUUAACGAAAAUUUAAAGCCUGGUCCAGCAUCAGAGAGGAAUUAUGGCCUCUAUUACCCUGAUGGAACUCCAGUUUAUAACAUUGGGUUACAAGGAUUUAUUCCACGUAUGGACUAUUCAGCUGCUAAGACAAAUGCCUUGUCUAUCUCCGCUUUUCUUCUGCUUCUUCUGAUAUUCUUGAUACACUUCAGAACACUGUAAACUACGAGAUUAGAGAUGAUUCAAUUUUGUCAAGAACUUUUGCCGAUAGAUAUUAAACGGUAGUCGAAAACGUAGUAGUUUUUAAUUUUCUGUUUCACAUUGCUAACUUGGCUGGAAAAAUUGCUUACUGGAGUUGUGGAAGGUCAUGAUCAAUAUACACAUUGUGUUCAUACCAAAAAAAAAAAAAUAAAAAAAAUUAUCAUAGAUUAUAGAAUUAGAAAAUUAUGUUGGUCACUACUUUUAUUAUUAGUUGAAUAGUUGAUUCAUUUACAAAUUUUAUAAUAAGAACAGGAAAAUUUGUCUGGCAAA